AUGCCCCUCAUGGGGGAAAGCAAGGAUUUGCUCUUCAUUCUGACGGCAAAGUAUAAUGCUUGCAUUCUUGAGUACAAACAAAGUGGGGAGAGCAUUGAUAUCAUUACCCGAGCCCAUGGGAAUGUGCAGGAUCGUAUUGGUCGCCCAUCAGAAACAGGUAUAAUUGGCAUAAUUGACCCGGAAUGCAGGAUGAUUGGAUUGCGACUUUAUGAUGGCCUUUUCAAGGUUAUCCCUCUGGAGCGGGAAAAUAAGGAAUUAAAGGCAUUUAACAUCCGGCUGGAAGAGCUGCAGGUCAUCGAUGUCAAGUUCCUGUAUGGGUGCCAGGCCCCAACCAUCUGCUUUGUUUACCAGGAUCCACAGGGUCGGCAUGUCAAGACUUAUGAAGUGUCUCUGCGUGAGAAGGAGUUUAACAAGGGACCCUGGAAACAGGAGAAUGUGGAGGCUGAAGCCUCUAUGGUAAUCGCAGUACCUGAGCCAUUUGGCGGAGCGAUCAUCAUAGGACAAGAAUCCAUCACCUAUCACAAUGGGGAUAAAUACCUGGCUAUAGCACCACCCAUCAUCAAGCAAAGUACAAUCGUAUGUCAUAACCGGGUUGAUCCAAAUGGGUCUCGUUACCUUCUGGGUGACAUGGAAGGCCGCCUCUUCAUGCUGCUGUUGGAAAAAGAGGAGCUGAUGGACGGUGGCGUCAGUCUGAAGGACUUGCGUGUGGAACUGCUUGGAGAGACAUCCAUUGCAGAAUGCCUGACUUACCUAGACAAUGGUGUUGUGUUCGUUGGCUCUCGGCUUGGUGACUCCCAGCUUGUAAAGCUCAACGUGGACAGUAAUGAACAAGGCUCAUAUGUGGUGGCCAUGGAAACCUUCACCAACCUCGGCCCCAUCGUGGACAUGUGCGUGGUAGAUCUUGAGAGGCAGGGUCAAGGGCAGCUGGUUACAUGCUCUGGUGCCUAUAAAGAGGGCUCUCUGAGGAUCAUCCGGAAUGGGAUUGGAAUUCAUGAACAUGCCAGCAUUGAUCUUCCAGGGAUUAAAGGAUUGUGGCCUCUGCGAUCAGAUUCCCACCGUGAAACUGAUAACACUUUAGUGCUGUCCUUUGUGGGCCAAACCAGGGUUCUGAUGUUGAAUGGGGAGGAAGUGGAAGAAACUGAAUUGACAGGAUUUGUGGAUGAUCAACAAACUUUCUUUUGUGGCAAUGUGGCCCAUCAGCAAUUAAUCCAGAUCACAUCAGCCUCAGUGCGCCUCGUCAGUCAGGAGCCCAAGGCCCUUGUAAGUGAGUGGAAAGAACCCAACGGGAAGAACAUCAGUGUGGCUUCCUGUAACAGCUGUCAAGUAGUGGUGGCUGUGGGGAGAGUGCUCUACUAUCUAGAGAUCCACCCUCGGGAACUGAAGCAGAUAAGCUGCACAGAGAUGGAGCAUGAGGUGGCCUGCCUGGACAUCACUCCUUUGGGAGACACCAGUGGCAUGUCCCCUCUGUGUGCCAUUGGCCUCUGGACUGACAUCUCAGCGCGCAUUCUUAAGCUGCCCUCAUUUGACCUGCUGCACAAGGAGAUGUUAGGAGGAGAGAUUAUCCCACGUUCCAUUCUGAUGACCACCUUUGAGAGUAGCCAUUACCUUCUGUGUGCCCUGGGGGAUGGGGCACUCUUCUACUUUGGACUGAACAUUGAGACAGGUUUGCUGAGUGAUCGUAAGAAAGUGACUCUGGGAACCCAGCCCACUGUUCUUAGGACAUUCCGUUCCCUUUCCACCACCAAUGUGUUUGCUUGCUCUGACCGCCCAACUGUGAUUUACAGCAGCAAUCACAAGCUAGUCUUCUCUAACGUUAAUCUUAAGGAGGUGAACUACAUGUGUCCUCUCAACUCAGAUGGGUAUCCUGACAGCCUGGCUUUGGCCAACAACAGCACUUUGACAAUCGGCACCAUUGACGAGAUUCAGAAGCUGCAUAUCCGCACUGUCCCUCUGUAUGAGUCACCCAGGAAGAUCUGCUAUCAGGAAGUAUCUCAGUGUUUUGGAGUGCUCUCCAGUCGCAUUGAGGUUCAGGAUUCCAGUGGAGGUACCACUGCGCUGAGGCCCAGUGCAAGCACCCAGGCCCUUUCCAGCAGUGUGAGCUCCAGCAAGUUAUUCUCAAGCAGCACAGCCCCACAUGAGACAUCGUUUGGUGAAGAGGUAGAGGUGCACAACCUGCUCAUUAUAGAUCAGCACACGUUUGAAGUGCUUCAUGCUCACCAGUUUCUGCAGAAUGAGUACGCACUAAGCCUGGUCUCUUGCAAACUGGGCAAAGACCCCAACACGUAUUUUAUUGUGGGCACUGCCAUGGUUUAUCCUGAUGAAGCGGAACCCAAGCAAGGCCGGAUUGUGGUGUUUCAUUAUUCUGAUGGCAAAUUGCAGACUGUAGCAGAGAAAGAAGUGAAAGGAGCUGUUUACUCCAUGGUGGAAUUCAAUGGAAAACUCCUAGCCAGCAUAAACAGCACGGUGCGGCUGUAUGAGUGGACAGCAGAGAAAGAGCUUCGCACGGAAUGCAAUCAUUACAACAAUAUCAUGGCACUCUAUGUAAAGACCAAGGGCGACUUCAUCUUAGUGGGAGAUCUGAUGCGCUCUGUCCUUUUGCUUGCCUAUAAGCCCAUGGAAGGCAACUUUGAAGAGAUUGCUCGAGACUUUAAUCCAAAUUGGAUGAGUGCAGUAGAGAUUUUGGAUGAUGACAACUUCCUAGGGGCAGAGAAUGCGUUUAACUUGUUUGUGUGUCAGAAGGACAGUGCAGCCACAACUGAUGAGGAACGCCAGCAUCUUCAGGAGUUGGGGCUGUUCCAUCUGGGCGAGUUUGUCAACGUCUUUUGUCAUGGGUCCCUGGUCAUGCAGAAUCUGGGUGAAACAUCCACACCGACACAGGGCUCAGUGCUCUUUGGUACAGUCAAUGGAAUGAUUGGAUUGGUGACUUCACUAUCAGAAAGCUGGUAUAACCUCCUGCUUGAUCUGCAGAACAGACUCAACAAAGUCAUCAAGAGUGUGGGAAAAAUUGAACAUUCUUUUUGGAGAUCAUUUCAUACAGAACGCAAGACAGAGCUAGCUACUGGUUUUAUUGAUGGAGAUUUGAUUGAAAGCUUUCUAGACAUCAGUCGACCCAAGAUGCAGGAGGUGGUGGCUAACUUACAGAUCGAUGAUGGCAGCGGGAUGAAGAGGGAGGCCACAGUGGACGAUCUGAUUAAGAUUGUGGAGGAACUCACCCGUAUCCACUAGCUGGAUGAAGAGAUAUUUCCUAGCACCUUUCUCCAUGCUAGCCUAUGGAAUCUUUCCCACUUGCAGCUGGGGGCCCCUAGCCAGUUGCACUAGAGGCAGUGGCGAUGUGCCAGGGUGAAAGUGGGGAAUCUGAGAACUGAAGCCAUCUCACUGGGGACUGGUGGAUGCAGUGUUGGCUAUUGAUGACAUCACAUUCUGCUUGGACUCACCAAUCCUAUGGCUCUCAUUGCCAACCCAGUCCUGUCCCUUGUAACAGCAGUUGGCAAAGGUGCAUCCACUACCUAUACUCCUCCCACAACUCAUUCACUGUUGUCUUUCAGUAUCUUUAUUUGAAUUUUUUUUGUUUCUUGUGUAUGAAGUGGAAGUCUUUUUCCUCUUCUGUUCGGAUGAGGUGUGGCUAGAUGGCUGUGUCUGGUGUUGGGGAGAUGGGAAAAGGUGCCUACUGAGGCAUAUAGAGAUGCCUAUCUGGGUGGGGAACCCAAGUGGGUGGAAGGCCUCACUACCCCCAGGUCUUGCUACCCAUUCAGGAAGAAGGGGCUCCAAAAUUAAUUUUCCUGUUUGUUGGUUUUGGAAUUUUACCAAAUAAAGUAGU